CGAAUUCAAUGUUUACCUUUUUUCCUAUAACUGUUUACCUCAUCUGAGAGCUAUUAUUGUUUAAUCAUAGUUUAUAUUUCAAAGUGAAAUGAAAAUUUAGUCUAGUCCAAGAAUACACGAAAACGUAAUUCGUGUACUUGUGCCUAGCAUGUUGAGUUCGUGAAGAAAACACGCUAUAGGGCACACUAUCCAUUUGAAUCGAAAGCCCUCACUAUGACGGAUUGGAGUUUACUCCCGCUCGUGCCACUGGAGGCCAUUUUUCGGCUGCUGAAGCAUAAAGAUCAACUUGCUUGUACGCUCGUGUGCCGCCGUUGGAAUGAGGCGUUUGCCUCCUGUCCGGUACUGGUCCAGAACGUUGUGUUCGUUAUUAAAAACAUCUACAGUGAUGGAGAGAUACGGUCCGUUCUAAAUGGCAGACAACGCAACUACCGAAAUUGGGCCAUCGAUGUAAUCGACGAUUGCUGCACGGCAAUUGUUGACAAAUGCCUGGCGGAUGCUGUGAAUCGGUGCAAGAUAGAAUCGUUAACUCUAAACAGCUUUAUGUUGCCGCUUGUCGAUUGUUUUCGACGGAAUGCCACUAUGCUUGGCUCCAUAACAAAGCUCAACUUAGAAAUUGUACUGAGCUCCAACGUGACAUUGAACUGUUCCACCGUACAGAAAUUGGUUUUCGAACAGCUGAAGGUUUUCAAUUAUGUUCAAAGUUAUUCCGGUACUACGCCAACUCCGGUUGCAUUUGUUUUUGAGACACCCAAUUUAGUAUCGGCUUCAAUCAUAAUAGAAACACUGGCGGACGAGGAAGCCUUAUAUCGGGAGUAUCCGUUGCUGGAGCUGGAAAGCGGUGUAAAAUUAGAACAGCUGGAAGUAGAUGUUAAAGGACGGAUGUGGGAAAGUUUCUUCGCCCAAGAACGCACCGUUUUGCAGCAGCUGCUAAUCCGACGUGCCAGUGACGAGAAAGAGGAGAGAGAUUGGGAUUUGAUGUUCAGGAAUAUGCCAAAUUUGGAACAGGUUGAGUUUGUAUACCCUAACGAAAACAUGUUGGCAAGUUUGAGUCGCCACUGUCGAAAAAUCACGCAUCUAAAGCUAAGCAGAUUUGCAUUUGAUGAUGGAAGUUUCGGUGAAUCCAUAAGCCGAUGUUCACUUAAAGAAUUGCGUAUGGAUGGUGAUCUUUACUGCAGCCGCUCGGUGAGGCUUCGCGUGGAUAAUUUGACUCUCCUCGAGUUGGAAUAUUCUACGCUUCCGUCGUAUCAACAUAAAUUUCUCAUUGUCGCGCCUGAAGUAAAAAUUCUCAAGGUUCGUUGCUCUAACUAUCAGACACUCCAACUAUUACCGGGUGAUCAGUUAGAAUCCGUUGAUAUGGAUUACUACUUUGGCGAAGGUACAUUUUUCGACGGUAGUUUUCUGAGCACGUUUUGCUUCGCUAAUAUUCGCGACCUGGUGCUCUACGUUAAUGGCAGUGCACAGAAAUUGCUUGGUCGUUUAGACAAUCUAGUGAAUUUAACACAACUUCAACUGUUUUGCUCUAAGGGAGCCGACAUCAGCUACCUGUUUAGAACUAUAUGCAUUAGCUGCCAAAACUUGGAGAAGCUCAACGUACUAAACGUAGGACAGGGUCAGGUGAUUAUAUUGUUCAGUGUCCUGGACUCAUUAUUUUACAUAGAAAAACUGAAAGAGCUAGCACUACAACACAUCACAGUAUUUGAAGUUAAGAAUAAGUUUCGGCUGAAAAAUCUUGCCGCUGUAAAUUUUACCGGCAGCGAAGCAUUUGGUCUCGAUAAGAAACCGACAGAAUUUCCCAUUGAGACCGGUGGAUGUGAGGAUAAUACAAAUAAAAUGCGUAUAUUACGUUAUGAGAACUUGUUCAUUUAUUUAUUUAUUAAUUUUUUUGAGACAAACAUGCUUCGGUUAAUUCGGAUCCCGCCCAAUAUUCAGCACUUUUUCAAAACAUUUUUGUUUCACUGUUCCUAUUAA